CAAGCACGCAGCACCCGCAUUCCAGCCCCGCCAAUCCCUCAAGUCGGGGCGGCGAGGCUGUAACAUUAAUUUUCCGUCCAUUAUAAUCCUUCUGCCCCGUGUAAGCCUCGCCUUAAUAACCGUCCAAGAUGUCUCUUUAUUUUGACUGCAUAGUGGACAGUCCACACACGAGUGCCAUCAACACCCAGAUAGCAUGGCACGCCCAGGCUGCCUGUCUUGCCGUGGCUGCUUACAGCGAAGAGAAGGGAGGAACAGUCAAUGUGUACACUGGAGAGGGUAAGUUGUGCGAGGAGGUUGACAUUCCACCACACCCCACGGCUCAAGUGACCUCCAUGGUGUGGCACCCCAGCAAGCGGGUCAUGGCAGUGGGCUGGGAGUCAGGGGAACUGUUUCUGUGGAAUGACCACGAGCAUGAGCUGCGUGAGAUCCAGAGUCUGCACCGCGCACCCAUAUCCAUACUGCAGUUCAGUGCUGCAGGAACAAGACUUGUGUCUGCUGAUGCUUCCGGGGCAACGGUAGGGUGGCGAGUAGACAACUCCGGAGAUCUCCAGACAGUCUUUACACAUGAGCUGAAGGAUCCUCUGGUGCAGGUUGUCUACAGGGUCAACACUGCUGCAGACAAAACACUUCCUGCUCUAGACAUAAAUGGGCUUGCGCGGGCAGCUGUGAGUGGUGACGAGAGAGCAUUAGACAUCUUCAGUUCGUGGCGACCCAGAACAGGCCACAAACACCUGGGCAUGAUGGGCACUGCAAAAGAUAACCUAAACUUUUUCCUGGGAUCGUCUACUGGUGUGCUGUACCAUGUGAACGAGAGUGGGAACUGUGUGGAGGUGCUUCAGGCUGACGGGGGCAUCAAGCGUCUGCUGCACCAUGAAUCCCGCAGCCUCCUGGUGGUGAUCACGGAGAGUCUGGUGCUGGGACAGUUCUCGGUGGCAGUGGAUGGCUCAGUGACGGAAAUCAACAGGGUGAAACUAAGUGGGAGAACCAACGACAUCCAAGUCACUUGGUCAGGCGCUGGCCUCCUGGCUGUGUCGACAGGAGAUAACUCCGUCCGUCUGUGGAACUUGGACUCUGGUGACAAUUAUGUGCUCAGUUUACGUGGACCCAGCUAUAGAGACCAAGAGUUUGUCAUGUGCCUCAGCUAUUCUGCAAACAAAAAUAUUCUCUGUGCUGGGACGAACUUAGGCAGCGUUGCCAUGUGGAAGUAUGAGGAGAGCAAGCUUGGAGAAGACGAAUACAUGAAGGACCCUGAAAAAGACUGGAAGUUACAAAAUCCAACAGUUAUCUCAGGAACAGUAAAACAGGUAGCCUGGGGCUCAGCACAAAAUUUGUUGGGUGUCAACACUGUUCGUGAUGUUUAUAUACUGAAUGAACAACACAUGGUUGCCAGCUAUAAAGACCAGGUGAGUGAAACAAGACUAUUGCUUGUGUACAGAUAG